AUGGCGCUGUUCUUCACUCGUUUUCUGUCUGUAGUGCUCUGGCUGCAGUCAUGCUCUGUCCUCGCCAUGCCACAGCAGAAUGGCUCGACUGACUUGAGUAUCCUUCCAAAGGUAUCUCGGGUGAGAACCUUCAUCCUUACCGAUAUCCUCAAUGAGCCCGAUGACUCAAUGUCAAUGGUCCGGUAUCUACUGUACUCGAAUGAAUUCGACACUCGGGGUCUUGUCGCUGUGACCUCUUGGUCCUUACGAAAUGACACCCAUCCCAGCGAAAUCAAGAAGAUCAUCAUGGCCUAUGCCAAAGUUGUUGAUAAGCUGAACCAGCAUGUUCACCCUGACAAUCAAUUUCCGGAUCCGGGGGAGCUUUUAGAUCAGAUUUCAUCUGGACCUCGCUCAUAUGGACGAGCCGCCCUCAAGGAACCCAUCAGCGACGGGGCCAAACUCCUUAUAAAGCGUCUCCAAGAGUCCAAAAAGCCACUCCAUGUAAGUCUCUGGGGUGGAGCAAACACUUUGGCUCAAGCGCUACAGCACAUUGAAAAGACAAAAAGCAAGAGAGAAGCUGCCGACCUUCGAUCUCGACUAAGGGUUUACUCAAUCUCAGAUCAAGAUGAUACGGGUGCUUACAUCCGAGUCAAAUGGCCAGAUGUCUUCUUCAUCGUCAACGUCCAUGGCUAUCGCGAAUAUCGACUUGGAACAUGGACCGGUAUAUCUACUGCCGACAACGGCGCAGCCAACACUACAAAAGUGACAGACAGUUGGCUUACACCGAAUAUUCGUCUGGGUCCUCUUGGAGCGCAGUACCCCUUUAUUGCUUACACAAUGGAGGGAGACAGUCCUAGCUUUAUUUGGAAUAUUCAGAAUGGUCUGAACGUUCCUGGUAGACCUGAAUAUGGAGGCUGGGGAGGUCGAUACACUCGCGUCACGGAAGACACCGAUAUAAACGAAUAUGGCACAUCCGGGGAUGCUUUGAUCAACACCAAGGGUCAAAGCUGGUUUAGUCCCUAUGCUACUAUCUGGCGCUGGCGGGAUGCGUACCAAGACGACUUUGCCGCUCGUAUGCAAUGGACUCUGGUCGAUGGCUUUGAUGAGGGCGCUCACCCGCCGAGCAUCAAUGUCAACGGAUCCACGGGUAGUGAGCCCCUACGCUUCAAAGUUGGCUUAAAGGACGCUAUUAUCUUGGAUGCCAGCAAUACCAUCGAUACAGAUAGUCAAGACGAUCCGUCUGGGCUGGACUUCGAAUGGUACUCUUAUGCUGAGUGUUCUUCACCAAUGUUGACCAGUCUUGCUGCCAACUUCUUCUCCGUUAAUGCACUGGCGCCGCCAACAGGGACCAACGGCACACUCUGUGUGAAUGAAGCAGGUUUUAGCAAUGUGGCGUUAGGACCAAUGGUCAGAAUCUCUACCAACUUGACUAGUUGGGAAGAGGAGCAGCCCAGUUCGGUUGAUAAGGAAUGGCAUGUUAUCCUUCAGGUCACCAACAACAAGGGAUCAUAUCCAAUCCGAAGACGCAACCGCAAGUCUUCAUCCGGCGCACAUGCCAAAGCCGCCAUCCAUGAGAAGGUCAAAUGGGAUGACAGGGAUUCAAUUCUCACGUGGGAUGGCCUCCGUUCGGAGGUUAUCACGGCUGGGGCGACUAAUGAGCUGCCCGCCUUGCGACAGGUAGAGAUGAUAGGCGAAGUGCUCGAGGAAGACGACGUAGAGAUGGAAGAUGCGGAAGGCGAACCAGGAGAAGCCGCCGAAUUUGACCUAACCCAACGGAGCAAAUUUGCUGGCGUUAUAGAAUGCCGACGAAUUUCGGUUUGGGCUGACCUCGGUCGUCUAGUUGCCUCCAUCGGUCGGCAAUUCUGGCAAGACAACCAUAAAGCCACUACGGAGGAGAUGCAGCAGGCGUGCAAGCAAGGGCCGCAGCAUCUCAUUCGCCUCUUGAGACUUCUUGAUCCCGACGACGCGAUCAAGCCCAUCGAGAGUGAAUGGAACUGGUCGCGUGGAGCUGCGCAGCCACUGGUAGACUUUGAUCGUUUCGAUGCUGCUGGCCAAGAAGCUUGGGGAAGCCUGCGUCUACUACAUUCUUGUGUACGCCGACCACACUGGAUAUCAAUGGGUGCUUAG